ACAUUGAUCGCUCAGCAUGCUCUCCUGACUGCAGGAUACGAUUGCAUAUGAGUGAAGAUCAUAGGAGGUAUAGUAUCGUGCUGAGCGCAAAAAGGAAUGAUUCAGUGCUGGAGACAAAGAACUUUCACUUCAUUCCGGUAUCCCUUUCCUCCUUUUGUGCAACAAGCACCACCUCGACUGCCCAGCUGAAAUGGGAACCACUUCACAGACAGCAGAGCAUUUCCACCUUGACUCUACACAACAUGCACACACAGUCUGUCACUCGAAUCAAUAGCAUAAGCUCUUCAGCGAUCCAGUCCAAGUUAACAAUAAAAAAUCUCCAGCCUGGCACACAUUACAUGGUUGAAGUCAUGGUGGCCAUUUUCCUCCCUCAACCUGGCAUCACAUUAAUGCAGAAACUCAGGAUUUUUAUGGAAACAGAUCAGUGUCCAGACGGCUGGUUGGCCAAUGGGAGGAGUUGCUACACCGUGAGGAGAUCGGGUUUGAGUUGGAGUGAUGCGAUGAGCAGCUGCAGACAGCUGGUGGGGGAAAGCCACCUGGCUGACCUGAAGACCAUGGAAGAUCUGCUGUUUGUAUCUUCUUACCUUCAGAGCGACAACAACCUGCUGCUGCUGUGGACAGGUCUUAAUGACCAACAGGAGGAAGGCCUCCCACUCUGGUCUGAUGGUUCGCCAUAUAAUCAAACAAACACAAUGACUCUACUGCCAGCCAAUCAGACGGACUGUUUUGCUUUUCAGAGGAAUGCUACAGGAACAGGAUACUUCCUGACUCCUUUCUUCUGUGACAUCACUUUGCCAUUCAUCUGCCAAUACCAGACUCCUUUUACUCCUGCAUCAUUUUCAUUCGACCUGGCUCAGGUGACAGACCAGCAUGUAGAGUUUCGAUGGAGUGACUUUUCACCCCUGCUCUCUACUCAGCCUUCAUCUUUUGAGAUAUUCCUCCAGUAUAGAGAAAGUGAAAAUGCCCUUUUGGGUCAUGGUGAAGAAGAUGGAUGCAAGGAGUCAGAGGGGAAAAACAGGAAGAAAACCCAAUUGAGUUUCAGAAAAACAGUAAAAGUUAAGAUUCUUCACUCCUCCAGAGGGGUAACUGUGACAGGUUUGACCCCGGGGAGCAUUUACUUUUUCACCCUUCAAGUCUCUCACCAUGCUGGCCCCAGCUGGAUUUUGGGACAAAUACAGACCGCAUACAUGAGGCCGCUUCAUCCUCAAAAUAUUUCUGUUGGAUCAAUAACAGCUGGUCAGAUUACUUUACACUGGAUGCUGCCGAGCACUCAGUGCACAGCUGGGUGGGCAUUUGCUGUACACUGUGAAGAUGUGUCCUUGAGACAGGAGAGAGGAGUUAGCAACAUCUCCAGGGUCUAUGGGACCAACAGGAAGUGGUUCUACACAGCUAUGAUUGGAGGACUUGAUGCCUACACAAGAUACAGAAUUCAAGUCUUCACAAUUGCACAGUUUGGAAUAUGGAGCUGUGGUCAGGCACCUCUAACUGUGCGCACUGCAAUAAAGCCUCCUGCUGAUCUGGUGAUGUUUAGCAAGAAUGACAGCCUGUCAGCUUGCUGGAUGGUUCCACCUAGCAGUCCUCCAGAUGCAUAUUACGUGACAACCCAAUCGUUUAAUAGUCCUGCUUCUUCUUCGCUAUGGAUAAACGACUCCAGCGCUGAUGGACUCAGAAAAGAUGAAUCCAUUUGUGUUAAUUUGGGCACAUUUACUCCUAGUCACACAUAUGAAGUAGCAGUCGUUGCCAUGAGGGGAAAUGACAGAAGCGAGAGGUCCAUUACUGUCUACACCACAGCUCCGAUGCCUGUGCAGGUUGCAGUCCCUCUUGCUGUGGGGACAAACUACACGCAGCUGUAUGUUCUGCCUCCACGGGUGGGUCUGAUUGACGGGGUCAAAGUGUGUUCGUGUCUUGGCGUUUGCAACAGGACAUGUAAGGAAUUGUGUGCCACUUGUGACUGGCAUUCCCUCCCCGCUGGCAUUUUCAUUGCAACCAUCAACAACCUUACUCCAGGAUCACAGUACCAGCUCAGUGUGUACAGCACUGUUAAAGAGAAAGUGGGGCCACCAUUCUACACCCGUCCCAUUAAAACAAGUCUGGUUCCACCUAGCAGAGUGAGGGAAGGAGUAGUGACAGAAACAUCCAUAGAGCUGCUUUGGGAUCCGGCACCAGGAAAGGGUCAGAGCUAUGAGGUCAUCUGCCACAACUGUGGCCAGGCACUCAAGGUGCAGAAGGUAUUCAGUCAGAGUGCAGUGUUUUCUGAUUUGAUACCAGGUUCACUCUAUCACUUUGCUGUACGUGCAGAGAAGGAGUCCUUUGCUGACAGUUCACCGGUCUCAAUCAAUAUCACUGCAGUUCCUGGCCAAGUGGAGGUUUCACUCGUCAAUAAAACAACAUCAUCCAUAUGCAUUAGCUGGAGUACCGCCAGAGGACUGCUGAGCUCAUUCAUUCUGUCUAUCAAAAACACAACAACCAUUCAGGAGCUGAUCAUUUCUCAUCAGGAACACAGAUCAUACAAUUUCCAAGGUCUUGUUCCUGGGACUAAGUAUACGAUUGAGGUAUUUACCAUCAAUGGGGAGAGGAGAAGUAAACCUUCGACUGUAAUUCUGUAUACACUUCCAGGGAUGCCAAAGCAAGUGGUUACAUCGGAGCACCCAGUGACGUCUGUAUUUGUGACCUGGAGGCCACCAGCAGGACAGGUAGACAAGUACAAGCUUGCAUCUGGUCUCUUGUCCGUGGACAGGGAAUUGUGGACUGGAGUGUUUGUUGAGAGCACAAGCUAUGAGAUCAGAGAGUUGAUCCCGGGGUCAGACUAUGGUGUCAGCAUUCAGAGUAUCCUGGGCUUAGACAGCAGCCGUGCAGCAAAGAGAGAGUUCAGCACACGCCCUGCAGGAUUCUGCCGACUUCAUUUAGAUAAAGUGGAUUCUUCGUCCAUAUCUGUGCAUUGGGACGAGGCGCCUGGAGAGUUUGACUUUCACAGAUUGACGGUGGCCGGCGCUUCGAUCACACAAACACUCAUAAUACCAAAAGGGGAGCAGGUUGCUGUGGUUACAGGGCUACUGGAUGGCUGCAGCUACAAUGUGAGCAUCAGGAGAGUGAGAGGGGAGACAGCAGGAAGUGCUGCUUUUGUGACUGUCACCACAGUGCCAAAGCCUGUGAGAGGUGUCCGGUUGGUCAGCAUUUCUGGACGGGCAUUCUCACUACGCUGGCUGCAAGCAGAGGGAUGUGUAGAUCGCUACCAAGUUAACUUGGUGCCAAACCAUGGCAGAGUGAUAUUUCACCCUGCCUAUGAUGGAUACAUUCAGGCUGACGUGGUGGAUGUUAGUCCUGGGACACAGUACUCGGUGACGGUCUCUGCAGACUCUUCUUCUAAAAGCAGCUCUGGAGUCAGUCGCAUGAUCAUUACAAACGAGAGUGUUCCCGGUCCUCCGCUGACCCUUGAAGGAGAAGCUGUUGGUUCUAAUGGGAUUCUGCUAUCCUGGACCAUGCAAUCAGAUGCAAACAAUAUCGAUGGAUAUGUCAUCAGGUACAAGGAGGUUUGCCCGUACCCCGAUCCCUCUUUCACACAGGUGACCAAGUACCUGGAUGUACCAGAGACAUUGAUCACCGACUUUACCUCAGGUUCAACAUACCAUAUCCAGGUAGCAGCUAUGUCUCCAGCUGGGACAGGGCCUUUCAGCAAACCUUUGUACAUAAAGACAUCUGAGUCACCCCCUGGACUGGUGACCAAUCUGACGGCGUAUGCUCAAAACCACACUUUCGUCGUUGUUACCUGGUUCCUGCCACACCGCAUUAAUGGCCUCAUCACAAAGUUUGCCGUCAAAGCAAAACAUGCUCGAACGGGUCAGACGGUCCGCAUACUGGAAGUCAACGCAGAGGAAAUCAUGACUGGAGCUCUCCCUCACUGCAAUGAUGCAGCUGAUAUUUUGUCACGAGCAACUCCCAGCCCUUUGGAGAUAACUGCAUCGUCUCCAGCCAUUACCCUCUCUGCUGUGCCGCCGGCAGCCUCUUGGAAUGUGCCCAUAUCAGUAGGAGUAGAUCAGCUGCGGCCUUACACAGCCUAUCUAUUUGAGGUUUCUGCAUUUACAUCUGAUGGAGAGGGACAAGUAGCCUCCACCAUGGUCCGCAUGCCUGAAUCAGCACCCGAGGAUCCACCUGAAAACCUUUUAGUGUUGAACAGGACAUCCAGGUCAAUUUCUGUGUCAUGGAACUCUCCCAGCAAGAUCACUGGAAAGUUCUCCUAUGUGCUUUACCUUUAUGGACCUUCAGGUUUUUUGUAUGACAACAGCACAUGGGAUAUGCGUUUUCUUUUUACUGGGUUGACUCCCUACACAAUGUACAGAGUAGUUGUCCGCGCAAAAGCUGCAGGAGAGGUGGGACCAGCAGCUCAGAAGGUCGUAACAACACCAGCUGAAGCACCAAGCGCUGUGCAAAACCUGGAGGCAGUAGCUGAGGAUUCAGUUUCAAUUCGUGUUAGCUGGAGAAGCCCUGCACAGCCCAACGGUCCCAUAACUCAAUACAGACUGCAAGUCCUGGCUGAUGAUACUUUGCUGCAGGACAUCACCCUCAUAUCAGGGAAUACAACUGGUUCAUAUGAGAAUAAAACACUUCCUCCAAAUGUCGACAACACUCUGAGGCGUAAAAAGAGAUCUGAUGAGCUCAGUCCGGUCACGUCUCCACCGACUUUCACGGCUACAGUUUCAGCCCGCACUCCGCCCACUGGAAUGACUGCCUCCAGCUUCACUCGCUCAGACAGCAGAAGCACUGAUCACACUGCCAACACUGAUUUUCAGCCUACCCUCCACCUUGCACUCGCCGAUGAGUCCAGCCCGGGUUAUGAUUCAGAAAGCAUUACUCAGUCUUUUGACAAUGUCAGCUCUAGGACGUCCGUUCUGCCUGUGACUUCUGUGUCACAUAAUACCCAUCCACCCUGGCUCACGGAGCAGUCACACACAGAUGUGGUGACCUCAUCCACCUCCGCCUCGGGUUUUACUCCAGGACAGCUGCGCCUGUCCACACGUGAUGUUUCAGUUACUGGGAACAUUUCAACACGCAGUGGAGCAGUAACAGGAACUCCAGGUGUUACCGUGAGAAAAGAAGUGGUGGACGUCUUGUCUGAGGAGCUUUCGUACUUGGUGUUGGAUCUGAAUCCUUUUACUGAAUAUGUGUUCAGAGUCACUGCCUCCACCACUGCUGGGGAGGGACCUGCUGCAGAUAUCACUGAGAAGACCAGUGAGCAGGUUCCCAGCUCGGUGCUUGAAGUGUCCUAUCAAAAUAUAAGCUCCACAUCAAUUCUUGUGAAUUGGGUCCCGCCACUCAAUCCCAAUGGGCGUAUCACACAUUACAGCGUAUACGGCCUCAAUCUGCGCAGCAAUCAAGCCAUGAAGUGGGUUACUAACACCACCAGCAUAUUAAUAGCAGAUCUGGACAAGUAUACGGGCUACAAGCUACGUGUAGCUGCAUCUACAGCUGUGGGAGAGAGCACUCUGUCAGAGGAGGAUGAUGUUUUUGUCUUUACUUUAGAGGAUGAGCCAGACUCCCCUCCUGAAAAUCUCUCAGUGGUUGAAACGAGUCCCUCUACAGCCACUUUGACCUGGUCUGCUCCAGAGAAAGCUAAUGGAGUGAUCCAGUACUAUGAGGUCUUCUAUGAAAACGACUCCUACUUUGCAGUGAUAAAUACCACUUCAAACAGAGUAACUCUGACCAGCUUAAAGCCAUUCUCAUUUUACAACGUGUCUGUGAGGGCAUACACUCGUUACGGCAACGGCAACCAAACGUCCGAAACGUUGAACCUGCUGUCUGGAGAAGAUGUUCCAGGCAGUCCUCCAUAUGGACUUUCCUACGAGUCAAUCAGCCCCAGUGAGGUGAAUGUGUCAUGGUCCGCUCCUCUGCAGCCAAACGGCGUUGUUACUCACUACAGCCUGGAGCUCUGGAACUCCACUCAUCGCCUGAACCUCACCUCACCGGCCAACUCCCUCCACAUCACCCACCUGAGGAAGUACGCUCAGUACCGCAUCGUGGUUCAAGCACACACUCGAGCAGGGCCAGGAAACUACAGCAGCGAGCCACUCAACAUCACCACACUUGAGGAUGCUCCAGACACCCCCCCUCAGUUCCUGCAAUCCAGAAAGUUGUCUGACUAUGAGGUCGAACUGUCAUGGGAGCCACCACUUAAUGCCAACUCAGAAAUACUCUACUACAUGGUCAGAGUUUGGAAUGAAACUGCUGAGACGUGGCAGAAUGUGACAGAGACAUCUGUGGUUAUUAAUGUGGACUCAGAAAGUCGCUACAAUGCCUCUGUCUCCAGCUGGACCAGACUGGGAGACGGAGGAGUGCUGAUCUAUAUCAGCUUUUCCACCACAGAAGCAGAGCCAUUUGACCCGCCACAGAAUGUGACGGUUGUAAAUGUGACCGCUUCCUCUGUCACCUUGAUGUGGCAACCACCGACUGAACCAAAUGGAAUCAUUGUGCACUACACUAUUUACUACACCGACAACAGCACUGUGAUAGAAAAGAGAGUUCGAGUGUCAGACUUACCACCCCGUUACUUCCCUAACUCGCCCUUCAUCUACACCCUGACUCGACUGAUCGGAGGCAGCAACUACACCCUCUGGAUGACUUCGAGCACCAUACAGGGCGACGGAGGGGUCCAGUCAGAACCUAUAAACCUGCUCUUACCAGAAGACGUGCCAAGUGACCCAGUCUCAAACCUGACAGCUCAGAUCUUCAGCUCCACGAUCAUCAUUGUGAGCUGGGAUCCUCCCACGGAGCCAAACGGCCGUCCCUACUACAUCCUCACCUUACAGGAGGCUGGCAUAUUCCCAAACAUGAGCAGCCCAGGGACCGUGGCUGUGAACAAGACCAUCAAGCAAACCACUACCGACAAUGUUUUCCUAUUUACCAGACUGAGGAAGUAUUUUCCAUAUGUACUGACUGUUACUCCAGCAACGGGAGCUGGACCUGCCUACAAUCAAACCAGCACCAUGUACCUGAAAACAGAUGAUGACAUUCCCAGUUCUCCUCCAUUGCUGUUGUCAACUAGAAACCUUUCUUCCUCCUCCAUCGCUGUGGUGUGGCAACGCCCUCUGGAGGCUAAUGGAGAAAUAACAGAGUACACCCUCACUCUGUCUGGACCUGGGGGCACAAACACAACGCAGGUCCCCAACACAUCUGUCAUCCUCACUGAACUUGCGUCAUUUACGGCUUACAACCUCACCAUCACAGCCUCAACGCGUAAAGGCGCAGGGCCCAGCCUGCUUGUACAGCUUCACACUGAUGAAGCCGGUCCGUCCUCCCCUCCCCGCAACCUGACUAUAUACAACCACACAGCCGUUUCCGUGUGGUUGACCUGGGAAUCUCCUCUGGAGCCUAAUGGAGUGGUGAUAAAGUACGGAUUCCGGAUCCAAGACCUCAUCACACAAACCGUCACACAUCGGAAUUCCUCUGGUUCGUCGACCACAGAGCAUCUGUCAGGCUUCAGGCCUCACAGCUCCUAUGAGAUCAGUGUGUACAGUUACACCAGAGUGGGCCAUGGGAAUCAAUUCAGCAGCCCUGUGACCUUCACAACCAAUGAGUCAGUCUCAGAUGCUGUAGGGAAUCUAUCCUGCUCAGGACUGAGCUGGGAUUCUGUUGAACUGUCCUGGGAAGUUCCAUCCAACCCAAACGGAGAGAUCCUGUUCUAUGAGAUCACAGCAGAGGUCGACAUGCAAACCUUUACCCACCAGGCUUAUGCACCACAGUACAAGGUGGCCGGGCUGUCACCAGACCAAGAGUAUGCAUUCACUGUAGCUGCGGUAAACUCUGCAGGAUCAGGAGACAGCCUGAACUGCACAGCAUUCACCCUUUCUGAAUCAGUUCCAACUGCUCCUCGCUUCCUGUCCAUCUCUGAGGUCACAGCAACCAAUGUGACACUUCAGUGGGCAGCGCCGGUCUCCGUUCCUGGCCAGCUGAAAGAGUACCAUGUUGUGGCACAGUUGAUUUCAGUAGUUUGCGAACCAAACACACGAGCUACUGUCCUGCCAACCCCAGAGGACAGCAUGGCCUUGCACUGCGUGGAGGACAAUUUUAAUGUGUCAGUGAAUGCCUCAGAUGGUGCCGAAGAAGACAAUGUCAUCCUCCAGUCCCUGGCUAAAUACAGAUACUAUCGCUUCAAAGUGGCCGCUGUGACCAACGCUGGACCUGGAGAAUAUGCAGAGUGGAUUUAUGCACACACCCUGGCUGGAAACCCCGAUGCUCCACCUCGUGACCUUAAAGUGACCUCAACCUCCACCAGCCUUCAGAUUGCUUGGGAGGUUCCAGCUGUUCUCUCGGGACCAACUUCAUAUCUUGUGCAGGUGGAUGGUCCUGGUGUGAACAUCUCAAUAGUUCGGGUCCCGGGAGAGUUGACAACAGUCUUUGUGACAAACUUAACAGCUUUCAACCUUUAUGCCGUGACUGUCACUGCCUUCACUGGUCCAGUAGAGGAUGCCGGCAGAGAUGGGAAAGCUGUUGGGCCGAUUGUCUUCCAGACGCUGGAGGAGGAGCCAAAAGAUCCUCCCAAAAAUGUGACAGUCUCUGCUGUCCCAGAGAGAGUGAACCUGGUCAGGGUGAGCUUCAGUCCCCCCGAAGAGCCUAAUGGAAACAUCACUGCCUAUUACGUCUUUGUGUAUGAGAAGGACCAGUUGGUGAAAAACAUGAGUCUUGAUAACAUCCAUGGAGAACCAAACAUGCUGUUUGCUUUUGUGGAAGGCCUUAAAGGAGGACUCACCUACAGUAUACAGAUUGCAGCAAGAAACGGGGCGGGCUGGAGCCCCCUCAGUCCACAUGUUCAGAUAACUACAGGGAUUAAAGCCCCAUCCAAGCCAACCCAAAGACCCCAAGCAGUGCUGGGCCAAGGAGGGGUUGCCAUGGUAACCCACAGGAGCAUAACCAUCCACAUGCCUGCCUGUUUCUAUAGUGACAACAACGGACCAAUCGCAAAAAUCCAGGUCAUCGUGGCCGAGUCAGGGGUGAGGGACAGCGAGAACCUGACCAAUUGGAGGGGAGCCUAUUUUCACCGACCUGCUCCUUACCUCACUGACGCGGGGUUCCCCAACCCCACCUGCUUAGCGAGGGACAGGGCAGCAGCUAAGGAUAUGCUCAUCGGAGGCGGUCGCAGUGUGUCUGGAGAUGACCCGUCACUGCUGAGGCACAACCACACCGUCACAGAAACCUACAUGAUUGGAGAGGACGACAACUGCCUGAGACAGAAUGACACAGAUCAUUUCUGCAACGGGCCUCUGAAGGCAAACACUGUCUACGUGUUUAAAUUCAGAGCCACGAACAUCAACGGCCAAUACACAGACUCUGAAUUCUCAGAGCAUAUUAGAACUACAGCGGACAGACUACUGACCAAAGAGGAACAAAUCAUCCUGGGCGUUUUGCUGUCAUUCUUUCUGGCUGUGUUCCUCAUCCUUCUUAUCUGUUGCUCAGUAAAGAUCCAUCAGCGUAAGAAAGAGGGCGGGACUUAUUCACCCAGAGAGGCAGAGAUCAUAGAGACAAAGUGCAAAUUAGAUCAACUCAUUGCUGUAGCAGAUAUGGAGCUGAAACAAGAAAAACUCAAUAGGCUGCUCAGCUACAGGAAGUCGCUCAAGCCUGUCAACAAGAAAUCCUUCCUGCAGCAUGUGGAAGAUCUGUGUGCCAAUGACAAUUCAAAGUUCCAGGAGGAGUUUUCGGAGCUCCCAAAGCUGCUGCCGGACCUGGCCACCACAGACGCCGACCUGCCAUGGAAUAAAUCCAAGAACCGUUUCCUCAACAUCAAACCCUACAACAACAACCGAGUGAAGCUGCUCUCAGAACCAGGCAUGGCAGGAUCAGACUAUAUCAAUGCAAGCUUUGUCUCGGGUUACUUGUGUCCCAAUGAGUUCAUAGCCACUCAGGGUCCUCUGCCCAGCACAGUGGCUGACUUUUGGAGGAUGAUCUGGGAGACAGGAACCCGCAGUGUUGCCAUGCUCACACAAUGUUAUGAGAAAGGCAGGAUUCGGUGUCACAAGUAUUGGCCUGAGGACAACAAGCCAAUGACGGUGUUUAGUGAUAUUCUCAUCUCUAAAGUGUCAGAAGAAGUGCUUCCUGAUUGGACUGUCAGAACACUGAAAGUAGAAAAGCAUGGUCACUACAUUUUAGUCAAGCACUUCAACUACACUUCAUGGCCUGAGCACGGGGUCCCAGAAUCCUGCAGCACCUUGAUUAAGUUUGUCAAAGCUGUCCGAGCACAUCGCCAGGACAACUCCACGAUAGUGGUCCACUGCAGUGCGGGUGUGGGAAGAACAGGCGUGUUCAUUGCUCUCGAUCACCUCAUUCAGCACGUCAGAGAUCAUGACUUUGUGGAUAUUUAUGGGCUGGUAGCUGAGCUGCGCAGUGAGAGGAUGUGCAUGGUGCAGAAUCUGGCCCAGUACAUCUUCCUCCACCAAAGUACUCUGGAACUUCUGAACAACAAAGGCAACAGCCAGUCCAUCUGGUUUGUUAACUAUUCUGCUCUGGAGAAGAUGGACUCUUUGGAAGCCAUGGAAGGUGAUGUUGAGUUGGAAUGGGAAGAGACGACCAUGUAAACCACUGACUGGAGGAAGAUUUCUAAGAGCUUUUCUUGGACCAUAGGAUCCUCAACUGGACCUCCACCCUGUAGACAAAUGUAGAUGAUCAAUAAAGAGGAGCUGAAAAAGAAUAAGACUUAGAUGUUCCACUUCAAACCCUUUUCUCUGUCCAGUUGUUACUUUCUUGCACAUCCUGUCUGCUCGUUUCCAAAGACAGGAAGAGAAACUUUUGGAGGAGCUAUAAAUAUCAGGAAUGACAUGGCCAGAAAAGAGAGCAUGAGCUUAUUGUGAGACUUCAAUCUUAUCUGUUCACCUACAGGUACUCUGCACAUCUGCAUUGCAUUACUUUAAUGUUACUGUUUUUUAAGAAAAUUUAUCAAGCCAAAAUGGGAUUUUGUGAUUCUCUUUGUAACUUUGUUUGCGUUCAGGUAUUGUGUAUGCUUUUGAAGACUGAUUUGCAAACUCAAAGCAUUUACUCUUGCCUUGAUACUUGACAGUAAAACUUUUCCCCAUGGACUUGCUGUCAUCAAAUGUUUAUUAGCUUUUGAUAUUAAAAAGAAACAUUUUAAAAGUAAAACUUGCCAG